UCGGUGCGCCGUACAUUGUACAGUUAAUGCCUUCAUUCAGUUGUACGAGUACGCGACUUGGUCUCUGUUGUGAUCGUUGUGGAACAUCGUGUUGUGAAAAUAGGAACAAUGUUAUGGGAGUAACGCGAUACUCAGUAGUACAGUUCUGUUCAGGACGGAUGCCACAACAGGAAAUGUUCUCUCUCUGCUCGGUAUUCCCGCUGUCAUGACGUCAACGCUGUGAGGACCGGUCACCGACUCUGACCACAUAUAUUUGAGUAAUCCACUGACAUUUGCCACUUAUUUAGAAGCAAACGGCUAUUUCUGAGUGCGGUUGGCCGGCGCUCAAUUUUUAAAAUUAGUCGGGCGUCUAGGACCGUAGCCGCCCGCCGCCGUGGCGUUUUGACACAGUACCCCACUUUUAACGGCCCCGCUCAGAAUAAAGUGCGCCCCCACCGCAAAUUUGUGUCCUCGACGUCAGGAGUUUGUUAGAUUUCGGUCCACGGAAAAAUGAACUGCAUCAAUCUGUGUCAACGAUACUUUAACUCAUGGCACCCGAGGGUGUCCACAUUGCCAGUGAUGCCCCCAGACACCAAGAAAUGUAAUGGAGCGGUGCCGAGGGUGCCACCGACUUCCGCCCCCACAGAGACUAUUGCAGGCCCUCCGCCCCCGCCUGCCACCACAACACCAGCCACCACAGUUGCCCCCGGCCCUGUGCCACUAUCAGUGUGUAAUGGCACCCAUUCGCCCCAACCACACUCCACCCCUGCCAAGAGAUCAAUUCAUGACUACUAUUUCGGAAAAACACUUGGUGAAGGCAGCUUUUCAACAGUAUGGCUCGUCAGAGACAUUCAUACUAAGAAGGAUUAUGCAUUGAAGCAGUGUGACAAGGCCCAUAUCGUACGUGAAAGAAAGACGGAGAGUAUCAAGCGUGAAAAGCAGGUUUUAAACAUCCUGAGUGAGACAGGUGCGCCGUUCUGUGUAAAGCUGUACUGCACAUUCCAGGACCCAGAGAAACUGUUCUUUGUCAUCACCUACGCCAAGAAUGGAGAGUUGUUGACACACAUCAACCGCAACAAGCGACUGUCAGUGGACUGUGCGCGCUUCUACGCUGCAGAGCUUGUAGUGGCACUAGAACAUCUGCGCAGGGUUAACGUCAUCCAUCGUGACCUCAAACCUGAGAACAUCCUGCUAGAUGAGAACAUGCAUGUACUCGUCACAGACUUUGGAUGCGCCAAGAUUGUCCACAGACCGCAGUCAGGAACCGAUUCAGAUGACGAGUCUGCAAGAUCACGUAGGAACAGUUUUGUCGGCACUGCUCAGUACAUAUCCCCAGAACUACUAACUGACAAGAACGCCUCCUUCAGCUCUGAUCUGUGGGCCCUCGGUUGCAUCAUCUACCAGAUGCUCACCGGUCAACCACCAUUUCAGUCAAGGAGUGAGUACCUAAUCUUCCAGAAAAUCCAGAAGUUGGAGUACGAAUUCCCUGACAACUUUGAUCCAACAGCUGAGGACCUAAUCAGGAAACUACUGGUGUUAAACCCUACUGAGAGAUUGGGAGCGUCAGAUGAGGAAGGCUACCCGAGCAUCAGGAGCCACCCAUUCUUCACUAACACACCUUGGAACUCACUAGCAUCUACCCCACCACCCACGGUCUUCUCCGAUCCCACUCACCGUCCUGCCCACAACGACAACUGGGUCACGUCUGACAUGAAGCCCGGUUUGGACAACAGUCAGCUGUCUCGGAUACUGGGGUUGGACCAGGGGCAGGCUCCAGUUGCACCACCCGCUCCUAGACCUCAGGCCCCGCCACAGCAGGUGGCUCGCCGAAAGAAGUCCUACGUCCAGGAUCUGACCGAGGCCGAGAUACAGCGUCGACUUGCCUUACAGAAGGCUGAAAACAAGUGGCAUGAUGUCGUAGAGGGCAAUCUCAUUAUCAAGCAGGGCUUCAUCGACAAGCGGAAGUCUACCAAUGUAGUAAAGGGUGUUCUAUCAAGAAAGACCCGAAUGCUGUUCCUCACUUUGGGACCCCACCUCUACUAUGCUGACCCUGAAACUGGAGAGCUCAAGGGGGAGUUUGGAUGGACUUCUGAACUCAAGGUGCGAGCACGCACAUUCAAGACCUUCUAUCUCUACUGCAAUGGUCUAAAGGGUGAGCGUACGUACAGUCUCCAGGAGAACGAGUCUCAUGCACUCGAGUGGAUUGACGCAAUCGACGAAAUGCACCGUGCUGUGUUUGGGAAGAAGGCCAUCAUCUCCAGCACAUAACCCCUAGCAGACUUAGGCUCAACUCUCUGUGAUAUCUAGUUAAAGUGCGUUUGCCGCGUACCACUACAGACUCAAGUGCGCUAAACGCUAUUCAUCAAUGCAAUUAGGUUAAUGAUACGAUAGUGUGCAGUCACUCAAUGCCACAGAUGAUAUUAAAAUGAUUUUUUUCGGACUCUAGAGAUAAUCUCCAACUCGUGAUGUAUUUAUUGUUAACUUAAGUAUUUGGUUGCCCGAGUGGCCGUUGUAUGUUAGUUAUUAUAAUUUGUCUACUGGCAGUCAGUUCGGUUCGGUCAGUUCUGGACAUUUGGAAACCAAUCGAGACAUUCGUGUAUAUAUUAUUUAAUUGUUUUGUACAUAUUUACUUGUCCAGAGAUAUUUAUUCUGUUUGUUUUCUCUGUCCGAACCGAUCUGCUGAUCACUGUAAAUGUUUAUCUAGCUGACUAAAUUAUAGCGUUUUGUGUAUUUAUGAGCGUGAAUGGUUAUUACGUACAUCAGUAUACUAUUCUUGUUCUUGUUAUUCCAUCUUGUUAUCCCGAGGACACCUUUCUCGUUUUUAAGGUCGGUUGUCACAUUUUAAAGAACAAUAUUUUGAAAACAAGACAGUUCGACAUAUCCGAGUGGUGUUUGUGGAAAAAAUAGAAGACUGUUUUUGUUCAAGAGUUUAUAUUUGAGUAGGCCAAAGACUUGUAGUUAGUUUUAUUUCUUGUUUUACUUACCAGGUCAAUUGUUCCAUAAUGAUUUGUUCCGAUGCCAAAUUGUAAUUUGUAAUGAUUACUUACUUACGAUUAAUGAUGCAUGUCGCUACUGUUUCUAUUUUGUUCUAGUUAAUUUACAUUUUUUAAAUAAAGUUCUUCGUUUUGAGUUUUUAACUCCAUUAUAGAUUUCAUUGUUUUAAUAAUGUUCACUACGAGUUCACAUUUUAAGUUUUUAAUCCAUUAAUAGAUUUAAUUAUUUUAGUAGUUUUUUUACAAGUUGAUUCCAAAGAAGCAUGCACAGUACUUCGCAAUGUUCCAAUUUGUUCCUCAAGUGUUGUCAAAGUAUGCAAUAAGGUGGCCUUAUGUCUGGUCUAUUAUUUAUUUCAGUGUAAUCGUCUUUUCCUUUUUGUGUUCAUUUUGUAUUUAUUGAACUAGAUGUCAUUUGUUGUACUUUUGCGUGAUGCUGUAUUUAAGUGUUGGAUGUUUGGUUUUUUACAUGAUGUUGACAAAAGUCAGCAGGCCUGACUUGACCUAAACACUUGUACCCCACGUGGACUAAAUGAAAUUAUUUUUUUUCACUGAGAAAAGUUUUGUUAUAUGGUGCUUUGAAAAUGUUACGGAAAGUAGAACAUAUGCAAAUAGUCAAUCUGAUACUCUUAGUUAAAUUGAUCAACAUAGUGAAAUUGCCAUAACAAAGUCUAACUAGUAAAAUACAAAGUAAGAAAAUUAAUAGUGUAAUUUAUUUGCAAUUAUGCAGUUAGCGAAAUAUUGUUAAGAGACUGAUGGAUUGUGGGGAGUCGCCCAGUAUUAAAACUGAUGUGUAUGAGUUGUGUAUUAGGUUGGCAGUUCAACUAUUAAAAAUACAUUAUUCCACUA